AUGACGUUUUCUCCAGAGAAGGACAUACCGGACCUGGCCGGCAAGGUCAUCAUCGUUACAGGUGGAAGCAGCGGUCUCGGCAAAGAAAGCGUUAUUCAGCUGGCGAAGCAUAACCCCGCAGCAAUCUACCUCACAGCUAGGACAGAAGCCCGUGGUAAUGCCGCCAUCAAGGAGGUGGAGCAAGCCGUGCCGGCAGCCAAGAACAAGAUCAAGUACCUCGAGCUAGAUUUAGGUUCCUUCGCCUCGAUCAAGAAGUCCACCGACGCCUUCCUCACCUCAGCCGACCGUCUCGACAUCUUGAUGAACAACGCUGGUCUGAUGGCUACACCACCAGGCCUGACAACAGAUGGAUACGAAGUUCAGUUUGGAUCAAAUUACAUGGGUCCGGCUCUGUUCACUAAACUGCUGCUUCCGAUCCUCAAAAAAACUGCCGAACAGUCAGGAUCCGACGUCCGCGUCGUCAACUUGAGCUCAGAGCUGUUCAAACAAGCGCCCUCGGAGGGGAUUCUCCUCUCAAAGUGCAAGACCCCACUCGACGACAUCUCCAGUCUGGCUCGCUAUGGGCAGUCCAAGCUCGCAGACUACUACCACACCCGCACGCUGAGCCAGCUUUACCCCUCCAUCAAGUUCGUUGCAGUCCACCCUGGAGUCGUCAACACCGGUCUCUUUGACGACUUCAGAAAGAGAAGGCCCUGGGUCGGUGGAGUGAUUGGCGUACUUGGAUCGAUCUUCCUGACAGACGUCCACGCGGGUGCGCGAGCUCAGCUUUGGGCCAGCACGGCUGCGAGUGCCAAUGUGAAGAGUGGCGGCUUUUACAAUCCGAAGUUCAAGGAGUAUAAGGAGGCGAAUUUGUACGACGAUAAGGCGGCCAAGGAGUUGUGGGAUUGGACUGAGAAGGAGCUUGAGGGGCAUUGA